CGGACACAAAGUCAACACAGCUCAGACUGAGAGACGCUGCUGAGACGAGGAGUCCACCGACUGUCACUGAAUGACUUCAUCGACAUAAACAAGUAUCUGAUCACAUGACCUCCAUGGAUGACAUCAUGAACAUCACAAUGUUCACCACAGAGGACCCAUCCUCUUUCAGCCCUUCCCCCACCACCGACGUGGACUACAGCGACUACGAGGACCUGAUGUGUGACCGGGAAUCAGUGCGGCUGUUCAGGGGUCAGUACGAGCCACCACUCUUCUGGAUGAUCGCUCUGGUGGGUGGAGCAGGGAACCUGGCCGUGGUGUGGAUCUACCUGAACUUCCGCCGGCGGCUGAAGACCAUGUCGGACGUGUACCUGCUGAACCUGGCGGUGGCCGACCUGCUUUUCCUGUUCACGCUGCCCCUGUGGGCUGUUGAGGCAUCGCAUGGCUGGAGCUUCGGCUCCACGAUCUGCAGGCUGACCUCCACAAUCUACAAGGUGAACCUGUUCAGCAGCAUGAUGCUGCUCACCUGCAUCAGUGUCGACCGCUACAUCGUCAUUGUACAGACCACCAAGGCGCAAAACUCAAAGAUGGAGCGCCGCCGGCACAGCCGGCUGGUGUGCCUGGCGGUGUGGCUGCUGGCCCUGCUGCUCGCGGUGCCCGAGCUCAUGUACGCCACCAUUGCAAAGACAGACUCGCAUCAGAACUGCAGGAUGGUGUAUCCCGCUCACCUGGGCAACAGCACCAAGAUCCUGGUGCUGUUGCUGCAGGUGAGCAUGGGCUUCUGCAUGCCUUUCAUGAUCAUGGCCUUCUGCUACAGCAUCAUUGUCGCCACGCUGCUCAAGACCCGAAACUUCCAGAAGCACAAAGCCAUGCGCGUCAUCCUGGUGGUGGUGGUGGUAUUCGUUGUGUCACAACUGCCCUACAAUGGCGUGCUGGUGAUGCAGGCGGCGCAGGCCUCUAACAUGACCAUGACCGACUGUGAGGAGGUGAAGCGCUUCAACAUGGUGGAAGAGGUCCUGAAGAGUCUGGCCUACAUGCACGCCUGCCUUAACCCUUUCCUCUACGCCUUCAUGGGCGUGCGUUUCCGCAAGGAUGUGCUGCGGCUUCUGCGCUGCUGCAGUUGCCAAUCACAGGCCCACAAAAGUCAGCUGAGUAAGACCAGCAAGAGUCCGCUGGGCUCAACCCGAGCCUCGGUGAUGUCAGACAGCGACACCUCGCAGGCCCUGUCCCUGUAGACAUGCCGCGGAUACUUCCUGUUUGUGCUGCAGCAGCUGUCAUGGCAACAGAGGAGUGAAAUCACCCAUCACUCCUCAUCACUCCCCCAUCACUCCUCAUCACUCCCCAUCACUCCCCAUCACUCUUCAUCACACCCCAUCACACCCCAUCACUCUUCAUCACACCCCAUCACUGCCCCAUCACUGCCUCAUCUCUUAAUCCAGUCUCACUUCAAUUUAGCUUCAAGCUGCUUUUGAAAUCCUUGAAUGAAGGUCUUGAAUGUAGAAUCCUGACAUCCUCAAACUUCUUUCCAGAAAAUUUUCCAGGACUUCCUCAAGACAUUCCAGGACUUUGUCAGGACUUUCUCAUGACAUUGCAGGACUUUUCAGGACUUUUCCAGGACUUUCCCAGGACUUUUCCAGGACUUUCUCAGGGCCUGCGUUUAUGUUAAAUGUGAAAUUCUUUUUUGCCACAAACUGUGUGAUUUUUAGCCACUGUUAUUGAAGAAUGUUGGGUCAUGUGACCUCCUCACAUUUUGACUGUGUUGCAGCUUCCUGUUUGAACAGGAAACACAUCACAUGAAGGAAGUAAGGAGGAGCCUUAAACUGAGCCAAUGCUGCGUCUCUGUCAGAUCAUGUGAUUUUAUCUCUGUUCUGUUUGUUUAAUGAAAGCUGAACAUUCAUUCAUAGAAAAGUCAUCUGUUACUGUCAGACACCACUGAACAGUGCUGCUAACACAUGCUAACAGAUGCUAACAGAGGCAGUAGGAUGCUAACAUGGACAUUUAUAUUCGCGGAUGUUUUCUGUUGUAAAUAGUUUUUGUGGCUGUUUUUGGUCAUGUAUGUCAACAUGUGGUCUCAGAAUGAAGUGAAUGUAAAUGUUUCUUUACAUAUUCAAAUAUUAAAGUGUGUGUCAAACAAAGUGUGUGUUUGAGUUGAAGCGUGAAAAACAGGAGGAAGUUGAUCAAAGUAGUCACACUCGUUUCUUCACAUCCUUCCUCCUCUCAUCCUGUUUAUGUAAAAAAUCUGAGCGGGAACCAGAGAACACACAGAACCAACAUUUAUACCUUUAAUAUUUCUGAUUAGUUCUUCAAGUUGUUAAUGUUAAAAUCUUUGGGGACAGAGGCUGAAGACAGUUUUUACACAUUUGGUAAAUAAAAUAAAAUGUUGUCUGUAAAGAAAUGAACUUUAUAAAGUUUGGCCCAAAUCAGAGCCAACAUUUCUUUUCUAUUUGUUUCUACCGGUGUUUCAGUUUCUGGUUAAUACACAGUGUGAUGUAAUGAAGUACUGUAAUACUGAACAUAAAACAUGAAGCUUUUAAUUAAAUUAAUUAUUGGCUGAAAAUGAA